GCCCCUCCGUGGAGAGGCUCCCACCGCUGUGCCGGCGCCGGGCGAGCAGUCAGAAAAGCCCCCCAAGGGGUCAGACCUGGGUCUGUUUAUGGCCUCAGAGUUCCCCUUCUGCUCCUGCGGCCGGAAACGUGACGGUUGUCAGGCUGUGCUGGAAACGUCUCUUCCCCGUGUUCGCCAUAGCUUCGGACUGUUCCCGUCCCCCUCGCUGGAGUGGAGUCCCCAGUUCUGACUCCAAGGAGAGCUGUCGGCCUUCGCAGCUUCCGUUAGCGUCUGUUCCCUUUCCUCCCAGAAAGAGGGUCUGAGAGCCCGACACUGGCCCCCAGCCUUGGGGUGGGUCAGAUGGCCUUGCUGGGUGCACUGGCAGGGUGGGUGGGUGUCCCCUUCUUGGUUAUGAUCCUUCCUUUUAAUGAAAACACAGGUUUGAGUGUCAGUGGGAAUGCUGAGGAUUGCAUGUCAAAGCAAAACAAGAAAUGAGAGCGUGCGAGUACACAUGCGGUGGGAUCUCAACUUGAAAAAAAAAUACAAAGGAAAAAACUGGGGGAACAGCCCUGUCAGAAGUGGUUGCCCCUGGAUGGUGGGAUUUAAGGGUGGUUGCCUCUGGCAUCUGCGUGUUUUUCCGUCCCGUCCGGAUAUUCUACAUUGGUAUACGUCAUUUUGUAAUCACAGAAAGAAGGAGAAAGGCAGCGGUUGCAGUCCCAUUUGUAAGAGAGGUCUUGCAUAGACAGGAGUUCUGUUGCAGAAACCCACCAGGGCUUUUCAGUGUUUUCCUGAAAGCAUGUGGGAAUGGAGAAAAAUGAAAACUUCUGGGAGAAGAGGGCAUCUUUUCGUAUCCAUGAAAACGGAAACUGCACAAAGUCGAAGGAAAUGCACGUUGUUCCAAUGCCCUCGUUUGCCAGGUGCUCGGCAGAUACCGCUUCGCCCACGCCUGGGUGACGGUGGCGCUAGGAUUGAAGAAUCUCUCUAGCAUGACCGGCACGCAGACUCUGCCUGCGUUUUGACCAUGAAGGAAACAGACUGCGAGGCUGUUGCAACGGCCGUCCAGAGGGUUGCUGGGAUGCUUCAGCGCCCGGACCAGCUGGACAAAGUGGAGCAGUAUCGCAGGAGGGAGGCCCGGAAGAAGGCCUCCGUGGAGGCCAGAUUGAAGGCCGCAAUCCAGUCGCAGCUGGACGGCGUGCGCACGGGCCUCAGCCAGCUCCACAGUGCGCUGAAGGACGUCGGGGACAUCCAGCGGUCGCUGGCCGACGUCAGCAAGGACUGGAGGCGGAGCAUCAACACCAUCGAGAGCCUGAGGGACGUGAAGGACGCCGUGGUGCAGCACAGCCAGCUGGCCGCCGCCGUGGAGAACCUCAAGAACAUCUUCUCAGUGCCUGAGAUCGUGAGGGAGACGCAGGACCUGACUGAGCAGGGGGCGCUCCUGCAAGCCCACCGGAAGCUCAUGGACCUGGAGUGCUCCCGGGAUGGGCUGAUGUAUGAGCAGUACCGCAUGGACAGCGGGAACACGCGUGACAUGACCCUCAUCCACAGCUACUUUGGCAGCACGCAGGGGCUCUCCGACGAGCUGGCCAAGCAGCUGUGGAUGGUGCUGCAGAGGUCACUGGUCACCGUCCGCCGUGACCCCACCUUGCUGGUCUCCGUCGUCAGGAUCAUCGAAAGGGAAGAGAAAAUCGACAGGCGUAUACUUGACAGAAAAAAGCAAACCGGUUUUGUUCCUCCCGGGAGGCCCAAACACUGGAAAGAGAAGAUGUUUGCAAUCUUGGAGAGAACCGUGACCACGAGAAUUGAGGGCACACAGGCCGACACCAGGGAGUCCGACAAGAUGUGGCUGGUCCGCCACCUGGAAAUCAUACGGAAGUACGUCCUGGAUGACCUCAUCAUUGCCAAAAACCUGAUGGUUCAGUGUUUUCCGCCGCACUAUGAGAUCUUUAAAAACCUCCUGAACAUGUACCACCAAGCCCUGAGCACGCGGAUGCAGGACCUUGCGUCAGAGGACCUGGAAGCCAACGAGAUCGUGAGCCUCCUGACGUGGGUGCUGAACACCUACACCAGCGUGGAGAUGAUGGGGAACGUGGAGCUGGCCCCAGAAGUGGACGUCGGCACCCUGGAGCCUCUGCUCUCCCCGCACGUGGUCUCGGAGCUGCUGGACACGUACAUGUCCACGCUCACCUCCAACAUCAUCGCCUGGCUGCGGAAAGCACUAGAAACAGAUAAGAAAGACUGGGCCAAGGAGACGGAGCCUGAGGCCGACCAGGACGGGUACUACCAGACGACGCUCCCUGCCAUCGUCUUCCAGAUGUUCGAACAGAAUCUUCAAGUUGCUGCUCAGAUAAGUGAAGAUUUGAAAACAAAGGUACUAGUUUUGUGUCUUCAGCAAAUGAAUUCUUUCCUAAAUAGGUACAAGGAGGAGGCGCAGCUGUACAGGGAGGAGCACCUGCGGGACCGGCAGCGCCCGCACUGCUACGUGCAGUACAUGGUCGCCAUCGUCAACAACUGCCAGACCUUCAAAGAAUCCAUAGUCAGUCUGAAAAGGAAGUAUCUGAAGAAUGAAGUGGAGGAGGGCGUGUCCCUGAGCCAGCCGCACAUGGACGGGGUCCUGGACGCCAUCGCCAAGGAGGGCUGCGGCGGCCUGCUCGAGGAGGUCUUCCUGGACCUGGAGCAACAUCUGAACGAGCUGAUGACGAAGAAGUGGCUGUUGGGGUCAAACGCUGUGGACAUCAUCUGUGUCACCGUGGAAGACUAUUUCAACGAUUUUGCCAAAAUUAAGAAGCCAUAUAAGAAGAGGAUGACGGCCGAGGCGCACCGGCGCGUGGUGGUGGAGUACCUGCGGGCCGUCAUGCAGAAGCGCAUUUCCUUCCGGAGCCCUGAGGAGCGCAAGGAGGGCGCCGAGAAGAUGGUCCGGGAGGCAGAGCAGCUCCGCUUCCUGUUCCGGAAACUGGCCUCGGGCUCUGGCGAAGACGCGGGCAGCCACUGCGACACCAUCGCGGCCGUGGCAGAAGUGAUCAAGCUGACGGACCCUUCCCUGCUCUACCUGGAAGUCUCCACGCUGGUCAGCAAGUACCCGGACAUCAGAGAGGACCACAUCGGGGCGCUGCUGGCCGUGCGCGGUGACGCCAGCCGGGACAUGAAGCAGACCAUCAUCGAGACCCUGGAGCAGGGCGCCACCCAGGCAAGUCCCAGCUACGUGCCGCUCUUCAGGGACAUAACCGUGCCCAGUCUGAACGUGGCCAAGCUGCUCAAGUAGGCAUCUGCCCGCCCCGAGGGGGUCGCUCUCCCGGCGCCACCCGAGGGUCCCAGUUCCUCACGUCCGUCUCUUCUGGCACCAAAGUGUGGCGUCCGAGGUGCGUGUGAGUGACACCCUGGGGGCCGUGGUGCCGGAGGCUCCCUGGUGUUUGCGCGAGGGUCCUUUGUGUGCAGGACUGCGCCGUGAAGCCCUCGUGGCUGGCGCGGAGGAGCAGACGCUGUCCUGCCCACGCAGACCCCGUGACGGCUGCUGUCAUUAAAGUGUCACCCUCCUCAGA